GAUGAAACGACUAUGUUUGAUAAAUAAAAGGGUAGUGAGGUGACAUAAAGUUAAUUGCUAAUUGUCAUCUUAUAUUUCUCACUUUCGUUCUCCUUUUGUUAUUUAUUGCGUUUUCAUACUUUCCUAUUUCCUUUGCUCUCUCUCUCUCUCUCUCUCUCUCUCUCUCUCUCUCUUUCUCUGUUACUUGUUCAUCGCAUUUGAAAAUUGUCAAGCCCCUCAUAUUACGAUAUAUUCACAAUGCGUUCGUCGUUUCUGCUUCUCGCAAGCACAAUUGCAUGUAUGCGAUCAGCAUGUGAAGCUGCUUAUGUACCAGGAGCAGCCUUCGAUCGAUUCUUUACUAUCUGGCUCGAAAAUCAAGACGAUUCAAAAGUCGAAAGCAAUGCCGACAUUGCCAAUCUUACCACGCAAGGCAUUCUCCUCGAAAAUUACUACGGACUCACUCAUCCCUCUCAGCCAAACUAUAUCGCAUCAGUCGGCGGCGACUAUUUCGGUCUCAAUCAUGAUGAUUUUGUGCGUAUUCCGCAUAAUGUGACGACGGUGGUGGAUCUUUUUGAGGAUGCGGGAAUUACUUGGAAGGGGUAUUUUGAGGGAUUGCCAGGACCUGGAUAUAUGGGUGCGGGAAGUACAGCACAGGAUGGGAAGGGAUGGGAUUAUGUCAGGAAACAUAAUCCUUUUGUGAGUUACGAUAGUAUAAACUUGAACGGCACACGACUUCAAAACCUUCUCUCCCUAGACGACUUUUCCACGACUGUUCAACGCGAUCCAUCCUCUUUACCACAAUAUGCACACAUAUCCCCCGACAUGUUGAAUGAUGGACAUAAUACAUCUUUAUCAUAUGGAGCCAAUUGGACGCGAUCAUUCCUCACUCCUCUUCUUCAAAACGAAGCAUUUAUGAACAAUACACUCAUUCUCCUUACAUAUGACGAAUCCGAAACCUAUUCUAAACCAAAUCGAAUCUAUUCUGUACUUUUAGGUGGUGCUGUUCCCGCAGAUAAAAAAGGAACUGUUGAUACAACCAUUUAUUCACAUUACAGUAUCCUUUCCACGGUACAAAAUAAUUGGGGUCUCCCUAAUCUGGGUCGCUACGAUGUUGGCGCGAAUGUCUUUGAUCUUUGCGCUUCGAAAACAAAUUACUCGAAUAUAAAUCUCAAUAUGACGAUGCUCAAUAACUCUCUAUCGUAUCCUGGAUUCUUGAACAACGACCCAGCAAAAUGGGCACCGAUCCCCGUUCCAAAUCUGCAAUUGAAAGGCGCAGGCGGAAAAGGUGUAGAUGAUUACACACAUGCCGAAUGGGUGAGUGCUAAAUCAGAAAAUACUCCCUAUGAUGGAAGUGGAGAAUUCUUCGAUGGUGAGGAGCGGAACCCGAUAUAUGCAAAGCAGGGAGCAAAUGUGGUGGCUACAGCUACAGUCGCACAACCAUAUAGCGCGACCGCGACACCGACGAGUAGUACGAGUACUAGUACGACUAGUGCGAGUGGGUCGGCGAGCGCGACGAAGGGGAGUGGUGCGGAGAGGAGUGGAAGUUUGGGGAUGGGAUGUGGGAAGGAGGUUUUGGGAUUGUGGGUUGCGUUGGUUUUUGCGAUUGUCGUUUUAUAGAUUUGAUGGAUGGGGGUGGUGGGAUAGAGGUAUAUUAGAGGCGUUUUUUGGUGUAUUGUUUUAGGGAUGAGUUAUGAUGAGUAGAUACCAAUGGGGGAAUGGAAUUUAAGGUUGAUUUUGAGGUGAUUUUUCGA